AUGUCCAUCCCCAAGCCAUUCGCUCUGCAUGGCAAGAUCGCACUUGUCACUGGCGCCGGCUCAGGCAUAGGCAAAGCAGUUGCAGCAUGUCUGACACAGGCAGGCGCACGAACAAUAGUGGCCGACGUCAACGAAACGACUGGAGACUCCAGCGCCUGCGAGAUUCGACGAGCCGGGCACGACGCCCAGUUCAUCCACGCAGAUGUCACCCGUUCAGAAAGCGUGCAGGCGCUAAUUCACAACACUGUCAUCACGUAUGGCGGCCUGGACAUCGCCGUCAACAACGCCGGGCUCGCGCCAGACUCGUCGCCGAUCUGCGACCUCGACGAGCAGACCUGGGACCGCUUACUCUCCACCAAUCUCACGGGGGUCGCUCUGUGCAUGAAGUGGCAAUUACGUCAGAUGCUCCAACAGGGACGAGGCGGGAUGAUUGUAAACAUGACCUCGGCCACCACUGCCCGUCCGCAUUGCGGAAUGGCUGCAUAUAUCGCGGCAAAGCAUGGGCUCCACGGCAUCCGGAUCAACGCUUUGGCUCCUGGAGCUACGGCAACAUAUCUGACCAUGUCAACAAUGAAGGCACUCAAGCUGAUAGAGAGCGAGGUGGCUGCCGGAACUAACGUUCUCGGAAGGAUGGCGCAGCCCGACGAAGUUGCCCAGGCCGCUCUUUGGCUGUCGUCUAACGCCUCAUCCUACGUGACUGGGGCCACCAUCGCGGUGGAUGCAGGAUACGCGCUUGUUUAG